GCCGGAUGUGACGUUUCCGGAAGCGCCGACUCUCGUCCGCGGGGACAGGUGGGGAAGGGUCCCGGGAGUAUGCUGGGGCUCGGGCGCUGAGCGUGGUCGGACUUUGACGGGGAGCGGCCACCAACUUCUUGGUCCUGAUGUCUGACCGUGGAGAUGUGAGCCUCCCACCUGAAGACCGGGUGAGGGCUCUCUCCCAGAUGGGUAGCGCAGUGGAGAUAAAUGAAGACAUUCCACCCCGACGGUACUUCCGCUCUGGAGUGGAGAUUAUCCGAAUGGCAUCUGUUUACUCUGAGGAAGGCAACAUUGAACAUGCCUUCAUCCUCUAUAACAAGUAUAUCACGCUCUUUAUUGAGAAACUACCAAAGCAUCGAGAUUACAAAUCGGCUGUCAUUCCUGAAAAGAAAGACACAUUAAAGAAAUUAAAGGAGAUUGCAUUUCCCAAAGCAGAAGAGCUGAAGGCAGAACUGUUAAAACGAUAUACCAAAGAAUAUAUAGAAUAUAAUGAAGAAAAAAAGAAGGAAGCAGAAGAAUUUGCCCGAAAUGUAGCCCUCCAGCAAGAGCUGGAAAAGGAAAGACAGAGGGUGGCACAACAGAAGCAGCAACAGUUGGAGCAGGAACAGUUCCAUGCCUUUGAGGAGAUGAUCCGGAACCAGGAGCUAGAAAAAGAACGACUGAAAAUUGUACAGGAGUUUGGGAAGGUUGACCCUGGCCUGGGUGGCCCACUGGUACCUGACUUGGAAGACCCCUCCCUAGAUGUGUUCCCCAUGACACCUGUUAUAUCCACACAGCCUUCAGACUGUAAUACAACUGUAAGGCCUGCCAAGCCACCUGUAGUGGACCGAUCCUUGAAACCUGGAGCAUUGAGCAACUCAGAAGCUCCUACGAUCGAUGGACUGCGCCACGUGGUGGUGCCUGGGAAGCUCUGCCCACAGUUUCUGCAGUUGGCCAGUGCCAACACUGCGCGGGGAGUAGAGACAUGUGGAAUUCUCUGUGGGAAGCUGAUGAGGAAUGAAUUUACCAUUACCCAUGUUCUCAUCCCCAAGCAAAGUGCUGGGUCUGAUUAUUGCAACACCGAGAACGAAGAAGAGCUUUUCCUCAUACAGGAUCAGCAGAGUCUCAUCACGCUGGGCUGGAUUCACACUCAUCCCACACAGACCGCUUUCCUCUCCAGUGUUGACCUGCACACUCACUGCUCCUACCAGAUGAUGUUGCCAGAGUCGAUAGCCAUUGUUAGUUCCCCCAAGUUCCAGGAAACUGGAUUCUUUAGACUAACUGAACAUGGACUAGAGGAGAUUUCUUCCUGUCGCCAGAAAGGAUUUCAUCCACACAGCAAGGAUCCACCUCUCUUCUGUAGUUGCAGCCACGUGACUGUUGUGGACAGAGCAGUGACCAUCACAGACCUUCGAUGAGAGUUUGACUCAGGCACCUCCCAAGAACUAUAAAACCAUAUCAGUGUACUGUAGCCCCUUAAUUUAAACUUUCCAGAAAGCUCUGGAAGCUUUUUAAAACAGAAUAGAAAGUGAGUUAUCACCUGGGGGAGAACUGAUUUUCCAUUUCUGGAUUGAAAAGAAAUAAUUAAAUAUGUUUUUUAGGCACAUCUGGAAAAUAGCAUGAUCAUGCUAAAGCAACUUUUUGGUCUGCUGUAACUAAAAAAGUAAGUUGAAAAAGUGAUGUAAUGAACACUCAUAUACCCUUUGUUCUAGAUUCACCAGUUCUUAACAUUUUUUUCCCCUCUCAGAUAUCCUUCUAACUUCUCUGCCAACUUGUUUAUUGUUUACCUUUGGACUAAUUAAGGGUAUCUAUGCAGAAAUUUGGAAGCCAUUUAGAAAAUCUUUGGGUUUUUCUGUGGUUUAUGACAAUGUUAGUGAAGCCUAUCAUAAGGCUGAGGGACAGCUCACUACGUCUGACCCGCUGGUGAGGCUCGAAAACCCUAACGAAUGAUUUUGUCAGGAAUUAUUGUUAUUUAACAAAUAUUUCAGGAUAUUUUUUCUUCUACAAUAAAAUUAUUAUAUAUAUAUAUAU